UUUACACGUCGAAUUUAAAAAGAAAAAUGUAUACAAACAAUUUCAUUUUUAAAUAAUUGGAAAAGAUAACAAUUGUGUAAAGUUUAUAUGAAUAGAACGAUGGUUUGUAAACAAUUUGAUCGAAUCACCAAAAUUGAUCAUUUGAAUGUAACCAAUACAGAGUUUUGCAAUUUAUUAUUUACCGAAACCCACACAAUUUCAUAUUAAUAUGGAACAACGCAGAAAUGGUCGUUUUUAUACAAAAAGAUCGGCUCACUACAAUAAUCUUCAAAAGCAAGAGGAAGAGGAAAAACUGAAAAAUUCCGGUGCUAAUAAUAAUAACAACAGCACAAACAGCAAUAAUAAUACUUCGAAUUUGGGCCCGUUGAAGGACAAUUCGAACAUAAAACCGCGUAAAUCAUUGGAAAGUGUGAGUCAAUCGCCGAGUAAUUCGACAACAACGCCAAAUCCAAUAGUUAAAUCGAAUUCAUCGGAACGGCCGAAAGUUGGUGGUGGCGAUAUUCAAAUUAAACCAAAUACGCCGACCACAUCAAAAAGUGCUAAUCGAAAAAUCGUUCCAUCGUUGAACAAUCAAAAUUUAAUUCCCAAACUACCGAUCGCUUCGAUUUUAAACGAACGACCAUUAAAGUGCUUGGAAACAUUAGCACAAAAAGCUGGCGUAACUAUUAGCGAAACAACAAUUCAUCAUCAUCAUACGAAAAUGGAUAAAGGACAAGUUUCAAAUUCGACACAGCAACUGUCAACAUUGCAACUUUCAGCGGAACAAUUACAGCAAUUACAUCAAUUUCAAUUGCAACAAGCAUUCGCACCGACCAUCCAGGUGAAACAAGAAUUUCCACAAAAUCAAGGCAACUCCAUACAAGAACAAUUGAAUAAACAUAUACAAGAGCAAAAUCAAGCCGCCGCAGCAGCUCAAGUACAGCAAAUGCAAUUGAUUGACACGGCCAGUUCACAACAUCAAACGCAAAACAAUGGCACGAUGGGCAUUAAAUAUGUCAAUGGUGAACAUCAACAACAAACAUCGACAACGAUGACAACGAUGCCACCGCUUCAAUUGCAAAAUGGGCAAUUGCCAGCCGAAUGGAAUCGAAGCGUUCAAGUUGUUCAGCAACCAAUUCAAAAUCCAGCCUAUUUGCAAACAAUUUACGGCCAACAGGUGCUGAUGCCAAAUUUAAUUCAGCAAAGUUUCAAUCAACAGCCACAAAUUCAAGUGAUCGCUGCUGGAAAGCCAUUACAAGGCGGUCAAAUUACACCGCAAAUGAUAGCGACCGCACAAGGAAAAUCGGUGCUAGGCAAUUCGCAAGCAUUCAGCUCAGCAUAUACAUUGCCAACCGGCAAUCAAUCGCAAACAUUAUUCCAAGUAUUCACAAAUCCACAACAGCUACAACAACAACAGCAGCAGCAGCAACAGCAACAACAACAGCAACAACAACAGCAGCAACAACAAAACAUUUUACCAAUGACAACUGCAACGUCACAAAACAAUGGCACGAUUGCCGCUAAAAAUCAACAAACUGAAAUGAAGAAUUUUAACCAACAACAGAAGGUCGUUCAAAAGUCAAACACCGUUAAUUCAGGUGGCCAAACACAAAUCACAGCAGCACAGGCAAAUACACAACAAAAUCAGCAAUGUGUUCAAAUAUCACCAACAACGGCACAAAUUAUAAAUCAAAUUCAACAGCCAGGCGGACAACAAAUGCAAUUCGCUGCACCGUGGCUUCAAAGUACAUCAUUCCCGCAAUGGAUUACCGCAACAAAUGGCUUGCCACCACAAUUCCAAAAUCAAAUUUUCAUUCGGCCAGAUGGAACACAAGGCAUGCUUAUUCCACAAACACAAACAAUUCAAGCUCAAGCGGCUCCGUCACAACAAAAUCAACAACAGCAAGUUCAAGCACAAGCACCACAAGCACAAAUUCAAACUACUACUCAACAAAAUGCUCAAAGUCAACAACAACAACAGCAGCAGCAGCAGCAACAACAACAACAACAACAACAACAACAGCAACAACAGCAACAGCAGCAGCAACAACAACAAGCGCAACAAAAUGCGGUGCAACAGACUAUUAAUCAACAAACAAAUAUUCAGUCCACCCCAAACAAACGAUUGGUAACCGAUAAUCUAACGCCGAAACAGCAAACACCAACGCGUACACCAACACUACUGCCGCAAGGUGCAAAUCAAACAAUUCGCCCGAAUCAGGCGAGUUCCGUGUCGACCCAAACAUCGGCCAAUCAAAAUCAAGUGAUCGUUGGACAAAAGAAUGCAAAACUACGUACAAAGCCACCGAAUGUUCGACCGGCUGUAACCAAUCUCAAAACCGAUGCUGGAAAUCAAACAAAAUUACUACCCGGCAAUCAAACGUUGCACCAAAUUGUAACAUCAGCUGGCAGUAAAGUGGUGGUCAUGAACAAUAAUGGAACACAAAUGAUAUCGACAAUGAAUAUGCCAAAACAACAACAAACUGCAUUUUUGCAGCAGCCGAAUCAAAUCCAAGUGAUACCACAGCAAAUGCAAUUGCAAUCACUUCAAUUGGCUGGACAGGCACAAGCCCAAUUUGUGAAUCAACAGGAGCAACAACAAAUUCAAAAUCAAAUCAUGCAAUCGCAACAGCAAAUGGCAUUGCAACAAGCUCAAAACAGUUUGAAUACAAGCCAAGCAAAUGGCAUUUCACAAAUUACAAUUCAACAGCCGAAACAGAUUCUGGUCGGUCAACAGAGUGUGGCUCAAAGUCAGGGAACACUUGAUAAUCGUCCAAUUAUGACAAUGGUAUCGAUCGGCGGCAACACAUCAUCACCGUUGAAUGCAAUGCAAAAUCUCAGCAGUCCAAUUGGACAACAACAAAGUAUAACACUUCAGCCACCACCAAAUCCAUUGGCUGCCAUGACAUCGCUAUCAUACAGUGCUGCAACGUCCGGUAUUCUUUCCAAUAGCACUGCAAAUAUUUCAAAAGAUGAAAAAAUCACAUCAAAAACUGACGAAACACAGAAAACAAGUGUUGCAGAAUCGAAUGCGACCUAUUCAAUGGCCAAUUCAACUAUAACCACUGGAUCCGGAACAAUCACAAUCACAUCCUCAUCAGCAUCAAUAACUACACCGAAAGUUAAAACAACCGAUUCAAUCAAAACCACAAUAACAAUUCCGGCGAGUAAGCCAAGCCCCAAAAGGGUGGAAAAUUCAAAAGCCGAAGAAUCAAAUAAAUCACGUUCAGCAACUCCAAAGCUAACGAUUUCAAUGAGUAAAACCAGUCCGAAAAAAGUUGAAAGUCCAAAACCAGCAGAGUCGCCAAAACCAAGUGAAAAACAAUCGGCCAAUUCAUUGUCAACAACAACAACAUCAUCAACACAAAAUGUUCAAACGUCAGCCAAUGAAGAUAAAUCAGCAACAAUGAAUGGAAAUUCAACGAACAAUACACAGCCACCAACAAUUCCAGCUACAUUGAAUCUCCUCAAAAAUGAUAAAGGUUUGUUGCCAAAAGCAAUGAUCAAACCAAAUGUUUUAACUCAUGUCAUUGCCGGUCAUGUUAUUCAAGAGGGAACCGAACCAUUCCCAGUUACACGACAACGAUACUCAGACGAUUCCGAUGAACCGCCAUCAAAACGUCGCAACACAUCGUCACCGGACAAACCGGCUGCAGGCACGCCAGAUCGUUCGACUUGUGUACAAUGUGGCAAAAAAGAUAGCAAAGGAAAACUUAAGCAUAAACAGUACUGUUCGAAAACCUGUUCAAAGGCGGCCAAGGCUGGUGCAAUACCAACAUCACAACAAAAUGGUGACCACAAACAAUUGCGCAUUCGUAAUGAAAAUGGCACAACAAAUGGUUCGGUAUCGCCAAAAUCAUUGCCGUCGCCAACUUCAUCGUCGGCUUCAACGAAUGGCACCACAAGCGACACCAGCUCAAUGGGAUCGACCGAUGCAAAUGGCAACGGUAAAAAACCAUGCGAAUCAACGCCUAUGGAAAUUUCAAACGAUGCCGAUGAUCAAGAUGAACCGAUUUCAUUUUUGGUUAAAUGGUCCGUGGAAGAGGUAUGCGAUUAUAUUCGCAGUUUGGCUGGUUACAGUGAUUAUGCUGAAGAUUUUGCCAACCAUGAAAUUGACGGGCAAGCACUUGUAUUGCUCAAUGAAAAUCAUUUGGUGAAUACGAUGAAAAUUAAAUUGGGACCGGCUUUGAAAAUUAUGUCACAAAUUGAUGCGAUCAAGAAAAAUGGCGCCCCACAAACCGAACAACAACAACAACAGUGAAUAUUAAAUAAUAAUUAACUAUAUAAUAAAAGCAAAACUACUUCUUAGGGUUUUCAGUUAAAAUAUUGAUAUUUAACAUUUGAUUUAAUUGAUUGGGAUGACCGAGAGAGAUAGAGAGAUAGAGAGAAAGAGAAAGAGAAAGAAAGAGUUUAUAACAAAUAUCAUCUCUCUCUAUAGAUGUAAAUACAGUAGAAAGAAUACUAUACUAAGUUUUAAUUAGCAGUAGAUUGCAGCUAUGCACGUUUUAAAUCGUUUCGCACCGCUAAAAUGACCGAAAUGAAAAAAAGAGACACAUAAAUAUUGUAUUGGCUAUGUUUUUAUAUUUAAUCAUACUACAAUUGGAUGUUAUUCUUGAAAAAAAUUACUUGAAAUUGCGAAUAGACGUAAUUAAAAUUAUGGAAUCAAUAGAACUCCUUAGACACAUUAAAGAAAUCCAGCAAGUGUAUGAGUUUAAUUAAAAAUUUUACUCUUUUUCAUGCAUUUUAAAUUUAUUUGAAAAUCAUCUUCGAUUUAAAUUCAUUUUAGCUAAAAAAAAUGAAAUAGAAUACAAAUAUCUCGCAUAUUUAUAUACGUACAUUACUUUAUGUGAAACAUUAAUCCAUUUAAUAUUAUCCAUAUAAUAAAAUAAAAUUCCUACAUAAAAAUUAUGAAA